AUGGACAAACUACUUGCUCUCCUUUUGCUGCUGUCAACGGCCAGCCUGGCCGCCAAGCGCACCAUUAUCCAGUGGAGUAGCUUCGAGUGCAUUGAAAAUCCGGAGAUUGUUACGUACCACAGAUGUUUCAUUGUGAAUCCGCCGAAAACUAUAAUUACGGGCGAAAUAGAAUAUAAUCGUGGAUUUCAACAGUACAAUGCCAAGAUCGCAUUAUAUUUGCCACGCCCACCGUUUAAAGAGUUUUACAAGGUUGUCGAUUUGACUCUAGAUAUCUGCCAGUUCUUUAGUGGAGCCUAUAAGAAUAAUCUAAUAAAAGUCGCCUACAACAGCAUGAUGAAGCACAGCAACAUGCCCAAGAAGUGUCCACAGCCCAAGGGAUUUUACUACUAUCCGAACAUGAGCAUAGGCGACAAUCUGCAGCCCUUCCUGCCGAAAUACGAAUUUAAAGUGCAAUUAGACUUCUUUCUACCCAAUGUGCCGAUGUUCAAUGUGUCUCUAAGUGGACGCUUGACUGACUAUCAUAGGGUUAAGAAAUCCUAA